AUGGUCAGACCGAUCGUGAAGAGCAUCUACUUCGGUUUGAAUGUUGACAGUGGUGAAGCGCUGCGCGUUUCGGUGCCCCUUCAACCCAGUCACUCACAACGACCGCCUCUCAACCCACUUCAGAUUCCUUCUCCUACGAUGAGUGGUCCUCGGUUGCCUGCCGUUCGGCUGGCUUCCGUGUCUAGCAACGAAGGCGAAGCUCCUAGCAUAGAAGGCGUCCUUCUGUCGCCCAGCAGGUUCGGAUACGAAUGGACCACGGAGGCUGAUGGCUCCCUUGCCUCUGUAGGACGAGGCUAUGGGGAAAACGAUCUCGAUGGUGAAGCUGAAGAAGACAGCGGGGACGUCCCUUCUGAUGAACAAGCGUCACCCUUGCAUAACGACGAGUCCCAGCCCUCGUCAAGUAACGGACUACAGGGGACCACCUUUCAGCCCAGAUUUUCUCGUGCACUGUCCAUGCCACUUCCUUCACAGCUGGGACACUUACAGAAUCCACACCGAUCAGGGCCUUCGCCGCCAGAUGAUUCCAAGGAAGAGGAAUUGUCUCGGCUUGGUGAACUGUCCCUUGAGCUCGCGGACUCGGUGCAGAUGAUGAUCCAAACAAUGCUUCAGGUGUCCCCUCCCCAGAUGCUCGAUCCUGCUAAGGAACAGUUCUCUGCUUGCGCGUUGGCCGUGCCCACAACCUCCAUGUCCGCCAUGUUCACCACGAUGAAAAGUCUGAAUUAUAUUUCAGCGAACUCGGCUACGUUCUGUGCCGCGCCUAGCUCUAGGAAAGAGGUGCUAGCAUUCCCUCGUCAACCUAUGAAUGAAUUCGACAUCGGGGAGCUUCUCCAGAAUGUCGGAGACGCUUUGAGCGGAUCCGCAGCCCAGGCAGGGGUGGAUCUAGUCCUCUACCAUGCAGACGUUGGAAUGAAGCACGUAAUCGUAAAAGGUGAUGAAAGUGGGAUAUCCUUCGCGUUGUCCCAUAUUGUGCGACAAGUCCUGAGUACUGCCCGGGAAGGAGACUCGAUCGAACUUGGGUUAUUCAUCAAUCCUUCCAAACAGCUGCCCAACCGUGAUUCUCUAGAAGACGGAGAUGUCCAUUUCCUGCAUAGGUCGACACCUGUUGACUUGGACCACCUCCUGCAAUGUACAAUUGAUGUUGGUCACAAGUUCGCCACGGACGGGUAUACUGUAAUGAACGGGGGCGCAUUCCCUAAGCCAGCCCGCGCAACCCCUUCUUUCAAUUCUUCACUGCUCAAGCGGUUAUUGUCCUUAAUAGACGCCAGCCUGGAAACUGACCUCCCCCCGAUAACAUUCUCUUCUGGUCGUGUCUGUCAGCUGCAUAUGGAGCUGGAACGGAGCCCCUUAUCGGCAGUCCCCUCGGCCGCUUCCCCACUCAGCAACGGAGACGAAGCCUCAGCUCUUGAGCCUUCUAUCGAGCAACUGGCGGCCUUCGCGGAGACGCUGAGGGGCAAGAAAGGUUCCCUGUACGCGAGCUCGAAAGGGUCGUUCGCCCACCACUUCACUAGCUAUCUCACUGCUUGGGGCAUGGACGUCAGUCAUGUCUCUGCAGAUACAGCGGAAGAAGAAAUAGCCCAGGUCAAUGAGCAGCCUGCUGCAACGGGAGAUGCUGUAAUCGCACCUUCGCCACAGUCACCGGUGUAUGGUCCCCAGUUGGAAGGAUACGACAUGAAUGGAGUGGCUGGGAAAUCCGAUGUCCCCCUUUCAUUCAUUUUUAUCGACGACGACGUCUGUGUGCUCAAAGAGCGCCUACAGUCAUUGCGCACAGAACAGCGCUUCAACCUCACCCUCAAGAAACGGCCCCCGCUUGCACCCCUUCAUAGACGUUCCACUCCCCAGCUCCAUCGCCCCGAAACCGAAACCCCUUCCAAGCCAAACCCGCCUGUAGUCAUUGUUCAUUUUACGAGUCUUUCCAAAUUCAAGAUCGUCAAGGACUUGAUUCAGUCUAUGGUCUCUUCGUACAAUGGAUCCACUUCGCCCAUCCCUGAAGUCAUGAUCAUCCCCAAACCCGCAGGCCCUCGCCGCUUUCUAACUGCACUGCACACGGCGGUUACAAAGCCCAUAGUGGACCCGUUCUUCGUUCCCAUUGCAACUUCUCCGAUGACCCCCGGAAUGCACUUGAGCAAUUCCUUCUUCCCCUAUGUCCCUCUGAGCCAAAACCAGCCGUCCAUCCCAAAUCGCCCAACUGGCUCCCGCUCGAACUCAGACAAAUCCACGAAGUCAAAUAGAGAGUUCUUUGACCACACUCAUGUCGCCCCUUCCUCUCCCUUGGCGCGACCUGAUAACAUAGAGUAUUUCUCACAAGCUGCCGAUCAAUUUGGUACGUCUCCAGCGUCUGGGGUAGUAAUACAAAGUCCCGACGGCCAACCGCACGGUAUAUUCUUUCACCCCAAGGGAAAGAGCCAGCGACAGCUAUCUUCCGGUCUCGCCAUGGAGAGAGAUAAAGGUCACCUGGCCAUCCCUGUAUCGCGAAGGUCCUCCUCGGCGAAGAUCAACCAUUCUGACAGUGCACAACGACUGUCUUUUUCUACGCUUCAUGAAAUGGUGUCUUCGCAGCAAUCUCCUAGUAGCCCAACGCAUAGAUCAUCUCAGAAGGCUACUUCACCUCGUGUUGAGGAAUCUAUGGGCCCGCCACAGACAAUGCCGAGAAAGAUGAGCAUGUCAGAUGUCGCGCUUCGGAAGUCGCCUGUUCCUGCGUCUCCACCAGUAGGCAUCUCCCCUGGCUCCCGACGACCUAUGCGUCGACGACCGACGGUAGAAGCCAAGUCGCCUACUGCUAUGUCCAAGAAGAAGAAGGCGAAGACCACCGACGGCAUAGUCCCUCCCGUGAAGGUCCUCAUUGUCGAAGAUAACCCAAUCAACCAGACCAUCCUAUCUACCUUCAUGAAAAAGAAGAAAAUUACGUAUGACGUUGCAGAGAACGGGCUCGAAGCAGUGGAGAAGUGGCGGACGGGCAGCUUCCAUCUCAUCCUUAUGGAUAUCCAAAUGCCAGUUAUGGAUGGCCUCGAAGCAACCAAGGAGAUCAGGCGGUUGGAAAAAUCCAACGCUAUGGCAGGUUUUCCUCCGACUCCACUUGCUGAAGAUGGUAGUUUGGCGCUUCGUACUCCGUCAGAAUCUUCCUCGUCUUUGAUAGAAGCCCGCAGUUCACCCUAUAGAUCCUCUGUCAUCAUCGUGGCCCUCACCGCCUCAUCGAUGCAACGCGAUCGAGUAACUGCUUUGGCAGCUGGAUGCAACGACUUUUUGACGAAGCCAGUGUCGUUGAAGUGGCUGGAGAACAAGAUCAUCGAAUGGGGAUCCAUAAAGGCUUUGCAAAUGUGGGCGGACUUGAGGCCAGACGUUCUAAGAAGAAUAUCCAGCGGUCAAGCAGCUCAAGCACGUUCGAUCGCGGACCGUUUACAUGUACCUAAAGACCGCGUAGCAACACCUUCACCAAGUCGCGCAGCGUUGACAAAUGGUGACCACACCGAGCCCCCAAACCCUGUAUCAGCGUCAGAGGAGGAAAAUGUCCCGACCUUCGCGGAUAGCGUCGUGGGCCUGAUGCGCUCGUCCUCGACCUCGUCCAACACUGGAUGGCGAAAAGGCACUUUGGACUCCAUAGACGAUAUGCCGGACGGCUCCAUUUUCCCUUUGAUGGAACAUCAGGAAUCUCCAACAACAGAAAUAUCAGGCAACGAGCAGGCAGCCUCCCUAGAUCCCGCUCACGAAGGUCGGCAGGAAGAAAGUGAUGCCACUGGAAGGGACACAUCCGCAAAAAGUGCGCAGACAGAGGAGCUUAUCCCUCCCCAAGCUGGAACGCACGGUUGGCCAACUGAAUCCAGUGAGCCAUGA